AAACACGAUAACAAAAGGUGUCUCAUUUCAUUAUUAUUCAAUCAAACAAAACUCUAUUUAAAUAUGUUGCGCUUAAGUAAUGAAGACUGGGAGCGAAAGAAGUGGUAUUUGGCAAGAAAGUAUUUUGAGGAGGAACCAAGGUUAUCUCCCAUACCAGAAUCGCGAGAGCGACGCAGCAGUACUGACUCGAAUGAAUAUUUACCAGAGCUAAAUAUUGAAGUGGUACCUAAAAGAAAAGAUGUCGAUGACCCAGAAGAGACUUAUCAGGAGUUAGAGAAAAAAAUGAAGGAAAUUAUAUCGGCAGAUCGAAGAGGGUGUGAUGCCCCGAAAUCUGAUACUAUUGACAAAGAAUCAGUGGAAUUAAAUGCAAUAGAAGAACACAGUAGUCCAGAGAUAAAUGAUCUCCGAUGUUUAUAUAAUUCUGAUAAUUGUACGGAAAGGCCUUCAGGAGCCAGCGGUUGCGUCGAAAAUGAAGAGUUAAGCGUGAUAGUGGAACAGGAAACGUCAAAAACGAACAAAUCACGUAUAAAAAAUUCUGAUGCACGUUACAUUGACCAAGAGCUUUGUGAGGACGAAAUAAUAGCAGCACCUUGUUCUCCCUUUAGGUCUAGAGCGCCAUCUAUUGAAUUGCCUAAGCUUGCUAGCACCGAAGAUGCAAGUGAAGAUAAAUCUAAUGGUGACUCUGUACCAAAGCCAGAUAUCAUGAGAAGGAAACGAAGUAUCCUACGUUCUACUGACGUAUCCAAAUAUAUUAGUGAAAAUACGUCCACUGGUUAUCCCACUUCAUUGAGUCAUGCUGCUUCAGAAUUAUCAGUUAAUUCGGAAGUUGAUUCACAAAAUAGUAUACUAGAACCUCUUAUGUGUUCUACUCCGAAAGUUGAUAUCUCGGAUAAGGGGAUAAAACGAAAGCAAACUUCGAAGAUAUCUUCAUCGGCAGUAAAGAAAAGCAAGACAGCUCAAACAAGCUUUUCUGACCAUGAUGAAAAUGGUUUUAUUUGGAAUAACUUUUUUGUUGGCAAACCUAUUGUAUACAAUUUGUGUAGGUGUAAUGAUCACGUGUGUUCUUAAUUAAUAUUUGAUAUCGAUCAUCAUAAUAGAUUUUUAAUGCGUAUAGAUUACGCUUAGAUUACGUAUGACAUGAUAUAAAUCGUGUGUGCCAUAAAUCUUUUAUUAAUAAGUAUAUCCAUAUGAUAUAUGCUUUUGUCUUCUUUUAAAAAUGUUUAUUACAUUUAAAAUUUUAAUCAUACUUUAAUUAUAGGUAUACAAAUUUGUGUAAUAAUACGUAAUUAUAAUAAACCAUAUCACCCAUACCUACAUCCAAUUUUUAUUAUUAAACAAUAAAGUGUUUGUUUAUAUGCC